GUCAGCACCUGCUGGCCAGCUUCACAAGAGGUGGGGCAGAGCUGAUCCUGAAGGCUGAACCUGAACCUUCAUGUGGGCGCUCGUCAGCAGCUGAGAUUGCCGGCCCAGUCUCCAGGCCUCCGGGUUUUGGUUUUCCAAGCAAACACUUCAACCAACUUCUGUUGUUCCCUUUUUGUGUCCAUAAUGGCUGGCGCCGCAACUGCGGCACGCCUCAGCGGAGGCCUGCACACAUUGGGGAGCAUUAAGCCAGAGAACAGUGUGGGUUCAGCUUCUUCUGGUUCAGCUCUCCUUCCCAAAACAGUCCCCGCCGUCGCACGGAACACCUUCUUGCAAGGAGCCCAAGGUCUCCCCGGACCAGCAUUGCAAAGACCAGCAUUGCCCUCAAAAAGCCAGAGGCAUGCUGUCCGCAGUCAAGCACAGAGCAUUGAAGAAAGAAUAAAGGAGGGCAUUCAAGUAGAGAACAAACUGAAGGCUCAGGUUUCAGAUGGCCGCGUAAUCCCUCUCAAUUCCAAGGACGCUGGGUAUGCAGUCCAACUUUCAGACUACAUCCUCCUGGAUGUCAGGCCUUCCUUUGAGCACGACAGGGCCUGGGUAAAGAAUUCCAUCUGGAUCCCAAUGUACGAAGUGGACAAGCACACGUCCCCUGGCUCUCUGGUAAAGCAAGUCGGACAUCUGAUCAACGGUGGCCUUUGGGAUGGGACCCGAUACCUGACUGCAAACGAGCGCUUCAUGCCGGAUUUGGUCAAGCAGAUCCGGGACAAGAACGCAAACGUGCUCGUGGUGUGCCAAAAGGGCCUCAGGUCUUUGGCGGCCUGCGAGGCUAUGCGGAAGGCUGGAUACAAGAACCUGUACUGGCUCAGCGGCGGUUUCGAUGCUGCAGAUGACGCGGACUUCGAGAAAGUGGGACCCAAGCCCUUCAAGUACGCGGGAGUUGGAGGCCCGUCCGAGUUGUUCGGGUGGACCGACGUGCAACGACGAGAAGCGAAGAACGACCCGUCUACAAGGUGGUCGAAUCUGGGGAAGCUGGCAGCAGUGAUCGUUGCUAUCGACCUACUUUUCUUGGGCGGACAGCAGCUGAACUUCUUGGUCCAGCAUGCACCGAAGUAGAUUUGGUAGCAACUGUUUGGAUCUAGUUACGAGGAGCGUUGUGGCAACUAUUAAGCAUCGACGCAAUGACGUCUGCGUUGGUUGAAGUAAAAAACGUGAGUGUUCUUGAGGCGAGAGCAUGUUUUCGAAUACAGUGAGAGCUCGAACUGACAUUUCCUGUUGGAAGCAUUCUCCGCUUGGUUUGGUUGCGAGUUUAGAGUCGCUUCAUUGAAUCUAGCACGAGUGUCUUUUGAAUUGACUGAUUAAAAAGCGUCUUGUCUAGCGCCGUCAGACUUCAAGGUCUGCAGCGGUUGAACGUACUCCAACGCAAUACGAAUGGCAGAGCCGGAAGCAUUCUCACCACGUGCGGUGAUGAUCAGAUUCGAUGUUGGUUUGGGGGCGAAAACAGCAACUUGCAUUAUACAAAGUUCUACCCAACUUACUGGAUC